AUGGAAUCCUGUGGAAGACGACCAGUUAAUAACCAAAGUUGCCUGCGGCUUGUCCCGGAAUCCUUUAUUAUGUCCCCAGGACGGCCGGCUGUCCAUUACGAUUCCUCAAACGGUGGCACAUUCCCGCGAAAGAUCGCCGAUAAAAGACAACCCGAGAGGUAUCACCUUAUCAGAAGUGAUAAAGUCAUCAGAGCUCCAUUAAGGCCAGGACGAGAUGGAAGCGAAGAGAUUGCCGAUCUGCCGUCGUUCCAGGACAUGUUGGCGGCGAUUAUUGUAAUCGGAAUUAGCACGCCCGUCCUUGAUCCUGGGGAUCCUGCAAGAUUACAGGAUUAUCCUGUCGAGUCCUGGCUCACUUCUGUUUGA